AUGAGCAAUGAUUUGCCUGUUCUGACAAGUCUGACUGAGAACUCCACUGAUGUGCCGGUGGCGGCGGGCCAGGUGGAGAACUAUGUUCUGCUGCUGGUGCUGCUGAGUGUUUUUGCCGGGGGGACGCUCGUCCUGCUCUCCCUGCUGCUCCUCUUCUGUCACCGCUGCUGCAUGGGUGGACGACGCUACUCCAGAGCGAGUGAUGACCCCGAGAAGACAAACACGACUUAUGCUGAGGAUUCUCAGCCCACCCAAGAGAUCACCAUUCAUCUGGAUGAAUCAGAUGCUCUGUCAGCUGCCAGCUGUCACGAUGGAGAGUCAGAACGAUUUGUCUCCACUGGGUCUACUGGCCGCAGAGUCUCCUUUAAUGAAUCUGCACUUUAUGAACAGGAGAAGACGACUCAGGACAAAGGACGCAGGUACACUCUGACUGAGGGAGACUUCCACCACCUGAAAAAGGCCCGGCUGACCCACCUCCACCUGCCUCCGGCCCCGUGUGACCUGAAGAUCCUCACCAUCAUGGAGUGUGACUCAACAGAGAGCAGCACCGUCAACAUCAAUGAGACCACUGCUCCCAAACUGCCCCUCACAAUCUACCAGCCCUCUGACAGAAGAGUCUCUGACUGGAUGGGACUGAGCCUCAGCGGAGGUCUACCAGGAGACCCGCACCACUCCACCAUCCUGGACCAGGGCCCCAGACAGGCUUCAUCAGCCAUGAAAGCCCAGCAUUCAUGGUCCCAGACAAUGGAGGCUAUUGGGGACAGUGGAGAGGCUGAGAGUGAACAGGGGAUGAGAGGAGAGUCGACUCAAGCUCCGGGCCAGACUUCAGUUCUACAUUUCUUCUCUAAACUGCGCCGUCAUGCCAGUCUGGAGGGGGCAGGGCCUUACUUCAGGAGGUGGAAGUUUGACAGCAGUCAUCGUGCUGCCAGCCUGGAUGCCAAAGGAUCCCCCAAGAGAAGGCCCUUCCAGAGACAGAGAGCAGCAAGUGAAACCACUGAUCACACCGAUGAUGACUCUUUGUCUCUCCGAGAUGAGGUCAUUGAGUCAUUUCCACAGUCCCCUGUCCCGACCAGUGACCUCCAGUCCCUCUCUGCAGAGUCUCUGUCUCAACCAGACACUAUACUAACGUCCUCAAUCUUCCUCAGCAGGUUAAAACUAGAGGCCAUGGUGGAGUUCGGUGGUAGCAGCGGCGCCACAGGAGAGGAUCUCUGUUCGCCAACAAAUGAUUGUCGGGCGCAGAGGCAAGAGGAGGUAACAUCCAAUGGGACAGGAGAAGAAAGAGAAACAAAGUUUGGUGCAGGUAUGAGAACAGAAGGAAUGGGAGUUCAGCUAGAAUCAACAGAAUAUGACGACUUGUUUGCAGUAAAACAAGAAACUGCUGUACAGGAAAGGUUUGAAGACAUGUUAAUGACAACUCAAGACCCACAGACAUCAGAUGUGAGGAACACGAGUGAGGCAGAUGAAGGUGAUGAGAUGGUUUUGGGAGCUGAGUCCAGGCGAAGGACCGGCUCAGGCUCAUCAGUGUCCUUGAUGAUUCGCCAGGAGAGCUCGGAGGCUCCUCCCUCCCUGUACAGAGACAUUUGGAGCUUGCGAGCCUCUCUGGAGCAAUACGCCUCCUCGGACCAGAGCAGCACAGAUCGGGAGUCCAUUCGCAGUGAUGCAGACAGCGUCUCAUCCCAUGGUGGGGCAGGAGCUCGCUCUGGCCUGGAUAGCUGCUUGUCCCAAGACCUGGACGAUGAGCCUGAAGGAGAAGGCGAGGGAGAGAUGUUGGAGGGAGGAAUGAGAGGGGCGUCAGGUGGGGACAGUGAGGUGGGAAGUGGAGCUGGGGGAGAAGGUGAGGCAGGGAACCGUAAACUCCUCCAGAUGGACAGCGGCUACGCCUCCAUUGAAGCACCGUCCAGGGCCCCUGAGGAAAUGCGGCUUUUUGGGACUCCUGGGGCUCCAAGAGGGAAGACGGCGACUGAGAGGAGGCUGUUCUUCACCAGCUCUGGGAGAAAAGGUUCAGUGUGCGAGAGCGUCGAGGCCCGGCUGUUUCAGGAGGAGCUGGAGGAUGAGGCGGCAGACGGCACAGAGGGGAAACUAAAGGAGAGAUCUCGAACUGGCAGCCAGUCUCUUACCCCACAAUCACAGCUGAUGUCCCCGCUGAUGAAGCCGAUGUCACAGCCCUCCGCUCCUCACAAACCUCGUCUCCGCCGCCGCGACUACAGCAUCGACGAGAAGACGGACGCUCUUUUCAACGAGUUCCUCCGUCAUGAUCCACGGUUUGACCAACAGGAUUCGCCAAUGCGCUCCAGGCACCGAUCCAGGGUUCACCUCCGAAAACAGUGGCAGCGACACAAGCAAUACAGCGACCCGGGGUCAGGCGCUGGGGGAAGGUACUCCCCGUCUUUGGAGAGGCAGAGGUUCACACCGCUGCGAAGAGGCGACAGCGCCGGUUACCCUCUGGACACCAGGUAUCACAGCACACUCUCACGAAUUGCGAGCGCCGCCGAUGAGGAAGCCAGCGAGGUUGCGGCUUGUGAGGAGGCCUCCAAAGAGAGCAAAGAUAACAAAGAUCCGUCGAGUGAAGGAGGUGCAGAGGAAACAACAGAAAGUACAGCAGACACAACCUCUGAAGGCAAUGACCCAACAAAGAGUUGUGCAGAGCGGAUUGGUGAGGAUGAUGGCUGCCAGGUCUCCACAAAAAAGGGCACAGAAAGCACAACUAGCCCAUCUUUGACCACAACACAGCCGAGCAACAUGGAUCCGAGAGUCAACAACCGAAACAACAACAGUAGUCAAGCUAUUCUUUCAGAGAGCAGCCUCACAGACAAGCUGGCCGCGUCGGUUGAAGAGAGGCUCUACAGCGGCCUGCGCAGCGCAGAGACGCUCGGCCGGGGAGGAACGGAGCGUGUGCGUACCGUGUCACACACAGCCUCACCUGGCUUCAGUCCCAUAUAA